AACCACAUCCAGAUUCAUUGUAACAGACAUUUAAACCAGGCGUGCGAACUUUUUGCACCCCACUGUGAAUAAUCGUUUGCUCAAUCAAUUAUUUUAUAUAGCCUUUUAUAAUUCCACCGUUAAAAAAUAAAUAAAUAAAUAAAUAAAUAAAUAAAAAACGGGCGGGUAAGACCUAAGGGACAAUCAAACGAUGUUUUAGAAAACCACAAGAGGGCGCUUACAUCAGUAUAUUUGCUUUUAGUGUGCGCUGUCGUUAAUGGCAGGUGCAACGGAUCGCGCGGGGCGGCUGCUUGGAUCAUUUAUUGACCACCCUGUUAAAUGAUGAAAAGGCCAGCGAAUGAAAAAUGAAUCCCUCCUGUAAUUAAAACAAACACAACAAAUGUCAUUAGUGUUAGAAAAAUAAUUGUAAAAAGGCACAUCAAUUCCAAUAACCUAAUUCAUUACAUUCUGUAGGCUACAGAAGCGUUGGACGUAAUAGGCUACCUUUAAACGUUAAUUUAUCUAUCUGCAACUGAUCUAUAUUCAGAAUUGGAAUAGUAGCCUACUGCAUUCGUUAAUAUAUUUUCAGAGCUAUUAUUAAUUUUUCCAUUUUACUUUUAGAGACUCUUACUAAAAAGUAAACGGUCCGUGUCCAUUUAUUUAUUUUUAUGCAGAUUUAGCUACUGAAACGUAAUACUCUUUCCUCUGUAUCUUGCAAUUACUUCAUCUAAGGUUGCUAAAAUGUUGCAGCUCAUGAUAAAUUAAUUGAAAGUCACCAUCUUUGAAUAGGCUAUAAUUCGAACUAAAACAAAAAAUCAUAAAGUGAGCAUAAGGUCAAUGUGAAAAACAUAAGUUAGGCGAGUUGUUCUAUUAAAUAUAAUGAAAAUGUAUAUUUAAUAGAAAUAUUUUCAGUUUUGCUACGAUAUGAUGAAAUGCCGUAAAAAGUCAACUCCACAGAAGUAGACUAAUUUUACAUGGAUUUUAUAUUUACAUGGACUUCUCAUUACUGUCCCCUCCCCCAAGUUACUCCGCAACUUUCACACUGUGCGCUAAUGAAGCCUGUGAAUGCGCACGUCAGAUGCAACAAGCGGCGUGCGCGUGUCCAAUGCGCCCACAAAAGACAUCAGCUUUGAAAUGGGACUGGAGAGUACCAGCUUAUCGCUCCACGAGGGUAGCGUGAAGGGGUUUCGGAACAAUUGGUAAGACAUACAGUAGAAAGAUACGCAUUUUAGAAUAAAAGUAAGAAGAGACUGGAGAGAAUGAGGUAGGGUGGAAACAUAUAUAAAUCGGAUAACGGGAAGACUGGGUUUUUAUUGUGCCCUGACCUAAUUUGAAACUGCUACAGCGCAAUCUGUCAAAAACAGCUAGAACUUUUAUGCGAUUGUGAAUGUACUUUGUCGUAGUUUGGUAGCAUAGAGGCAGAGGUGACAAUAUUUCUCUGUUAUUAUUUCUAGUUUAAUUCUUAAAAGCAUGCUGUAGAGCAUGAAAAACGAAUUGGUCGAGUAGGCUAUGUUCUCAGUAGCCUACACUUUGUUCGGAUUUUGAUCUAGUUUUUUUAACAAUUAUUUUCGCAAAUCUAAAUGCAAAUUCGUGUACCCAGCGAUCGAUCGUUUCAUUUCCUGUAGCCUAUAUCAAUAUAGAACAACAACAAGCGAGUCCAAGCCGAGACUGAGUAGGUGAAUACAGCUGGACCGAGAGGACACCAGCAUCUCCCGGGAUGGUGCGCUUGCUGAACUGUCUCUUAUUGGGGUACUUUACAUGGAACAUGCGGAUAUCCGACGCACAGGGGGAGUACUGCCACGGAUGGCUGGACAGCAAUGGGAAUUACCAAGAAGGAUUUCAAUGUCCAGAGGACUUUGACACCAUGGACGCCACCGUAUGCUGUGGCUCCUGUUCCCUCCGCUACUGCUGCGCGGCUGUGGACGCAAGACUGGACCAGGGAAGUUGUACAAAUGACAGAGAACUCGAGGACACCGAGUUUGCCGCCCAGCCCAUCUACGUGCCCUUCCUGAUGGUGGGCUCUAUCUUCGUGGCGUUUGUGGUGGUGGGCUCCCUGGUGGCGGUGUACUGCUGCACCUGCCUGAGGCCCAAACAGCCGGCCCAGCCUCCCGCCCGCUUCUCCCUGCGCAGCUGCCAGGGCGAGACCAUCCCCAUGAUCCUGACGGCCGCCCCGCCCAGCCAGCGCACGCCCUCCCGCCAGUCCAGCACCGCCACCACCAGUUCCGGCUCGGCCGGCGGGGGCGGGGGCUCGGUGCGCCGCUUCUCCCUGGGCCGGGCCGAGGCGUCGGCGGGGCAACAGUGCCUGGUGUCCACCGCCGCCCCCGGCCCCUCGCAUAACCCCCAAACGCAGCCGCAGCCUGCCCUGCUUCCCCCCCCUCCGCCCCCGUACGCCACGCAGGGCGCCCUGUCGAACACCCACUCCCACUCCCACUCCCACUCCCACACCCACUCCCACACCCACGCCCAGCUGCAGCUGCACCAGCCCCUGCACCCCGGCCCGCCCCCAGGGUUCCUCCUGCCCCAGCAGUACUUCUCCUACCCCCUACAGCCCGAGCCCUACUCCGGAGGGAAAGGCUUCGCAGACUUCGGCCAGAGCUGACGGCCGUCGGGGGGUCGUGACUGGGGGGAGAGAAGGACCCGUCUUGCGGAAAGGCCUCCCCCUGGACAGCGUGCAGAGGAGGGGUGGGGAGGCCACGGCGGUUUUUGUUGAUGGAAGAGGAGUCGGACGGAGGAUCAGGGGGUGUUCUCGGGUGGAGCUUCCCUGUUUAUAGCUUAUAGACCAGGGGGUGGGGGGGAGGAUUUUCGUGGCCAACACAAACGCAGGCCAGUGAGGUACUGAAGGGAAGGAGUUGGAUGGAAGCUCGGUACUGCAGAUGAGGUGGCCCAGAGGAUCCUGGGAAAAAAAACAGACCCAAAGCGAGUGGGAGUUGGGCCAGGGCACCAGGUGGACACACGUUUCUGUGGAGACGGUGGCUUUUUACAGGGACCUCCUAUCGCAGUUUUAUUCUAACGUACAGAACCACAUGCACUUUUUCUACGUUCUGUAAACAGGACAUCGGCCUCUGCACUAAAGGUUGGCCUGAAUUUUCAGGCAGGAGAACGUCAGGACUGCAACACCGAGUCGUGAGCCGCAAAAGCAAGACCCACUUUGCAGGAACGGAGGGAUGCUGUGACACUCACUUUGCAUUCUGGGAAAACACUCGGUUUUCACAGCUGGCUACCUGUCAAAGAAGAUAAAGAGACUAAAUAUGAAAAUGUGAUGCAGACAAUCUCACGACUUCACAAUAGCAAUGAAGACUAACGGAAGUCUAUUUGAAUUGUGCAGGACUAAUAUUAACAUGCAGGGAGAAAUGUUUUAAGUGUUUUACUAACUAUUUGGGGAAGUUAAAUUCAGUAACUGUAUCAAAUGUUUUGUUUGGACUAAUUCAAAAUAUAACAAUAAUCAAAAGAAAAUCAGUUUCUUUGUACCUAUUGUGGUUAGGGCACUUAAAUCUGCCCUUUUCAGAAUUUCUACUGCU